AUGGACACAUAUCUGUCAAUGUUUAGAAUAGAGUAUUUUAGAGGUACACCUUUUGGUAGCUCCAAGCAAGUCUUCAUCAUAUCAGGACGUUUGGGUGGACUAGAUAUUAUCACGAAUCGAUUGCACAGUGCACCAAAUGAAGUAAACGUAUCGCCGCUGAUAAGAAUGCACGUGAUCGAUUUAACUGGGUCCACUGCUAGCCCUGAUAACAUACUUUUGUGGUUGUACGAUGUAUUUGUGACGCAAGCCAUAAAGUAUUGCAUUAGAAAAAUUUGGCUUAUUUUGAAAUUCACGACACUCUUGUGUUGA